UGAUGUAUGAAUUGUGCAGGUGAUUGACAUUUAUAGGGGCUUUAUAUCUGCUAGAGAAGCCAAUGGACCUCAAGUUUCAGAAAAAGGAAUUUUGCAAAUUUUGUUAGAUUUAAGAUUUGCUGCUGAUGUCCUUUCUGGGGGUGAUGCCAGUACGAAUGAGGAGGUAUCAAGAAGUCCGAUGACAAAGUCACAUUUCAGGCGGAAGCUGGAUCAAAGGCAGACCAGGUCUGUCCUCAGAGAGAGAGUGGAUGGGUUGAUUGCCCAGCUUUCACAAAACCUGGAUCCCAUAGAUUGGCUCACAUACGAGCCUUACCUCUGGGAAAAUGAAAAUCAGUCAUAUCUACGGCAUGCUGUCAUCUUUGGAUUCUUUGUGCAACUUAAGCGUAUGUACACAGAUUCCGUGCAGAAACUGCCCACUAACUCAGAAUCGAAUAUUAUGAGAUGUUCCACAGUUCCCCGCUUCAAAUAUCUUCCAAUAAGCGCUCCAGCAUUGUCUUCAAGAGGUACAACCAAGACAUCCCUUGCAGUUGCUCCAGAUGAUAUUUUGACAAGAAGUUCCUGGAAUGCUUACACAAAUGGAGAGCUUUCUCGAAAAAUUGAUUUGGAUGAUAACUCAAGUUUUGGAGUGGCAGCUCCAUUUUUGAAAUCUUUUAUGCAGGUUGGCAGCAGAUUUGGAGAGAGCACCCUGAAAUUGGGAUCCAUAUUGACAGAUGGACAAGUUGGCAUAUUCAAGGAUAGAUCAGCUUCUGCAAUGUCGACAUUUGGUGAUAUUUUACCAGCCCAGGCUGCAGGUCUUCUUUCAUCCUUCACAGCAACCAGAUCGGAAUCUUGAUUGUUGGUUUUCAGCUCUCGUCCCUAUUUUAGAUGCAUAUUACUGCACCGGAAACAAAUGUGUGAUAACUCCCCUAAAAAAGGCUUAAGAUAUGAUGCAGGAAUAUGAUUCGCUGUCUAACCCAGUUUAUACACUAUGUAAGUGUUAUAAAUAAAUAAGAAUUGGAAAUAUUAGGCAAAAGAGAACUUGGGGUUGAAGAUAUUCCCAGAAUUGGCAGUAGUUGAAGGAGGAAGUUCAAAAGAAUCCAUGUUUGUGAAGAGAAGAUGCAAGGGGCGUAUAUGUAACUGAGUAUACAGAUGUUGCUCUUAUUGCGUUGUGGAUAGGAAAAUGUCUUGGUCCAAAACUCUGCAUGGAGAAGGUUCUAGUAGGGUUCUCUCUUGGAUGGAGGCAGUUAGGUGAACUGUGAUGGGGCAAUGAAAUGAGGUCUAUAUAUUCAUAUUUCUUUUUAAAUAUCAAUACAUGUGUAAAUGGAAAAAUGAGUCUGGUAUCCAUUUAUUGAACUAUCACUCCGAUGAUGUCCCCGGUUCAUUUUUGCCAGUGGCUGAUCCUGAAAGAUGGUGAUGAGAGCCGGCAUUUAUACGUUGACUUGUGAACAAUUGUUUUUGCUUCCUUAUUCUUUUCAUAAGGUGAGAGAGCUUUUUGUUCUGAAGAAGCGGAAGGAAAGCAAGGUUAGGUUUACUUACCGAUUGCUUUGAAUGAUUUGGUUUUGCGAUUUUAUGAUGGUGAUCCACCUCAUUUGACAAAAUUUUCUCCUUUUCUGCUGCUUUGUAGCUUCAGUAAUUUCCUUAUGUAGUUUUAGGUUUGCAACGAUGGAAGAGAAGUGCAGAGGAGACCAUCUUUGCAUUUAGAGAUAUUCAUAUGAAUUAUUUUAUCCUUGUACUAUUCCAUUUUAGUGCAUAUUAUACAUCUUAUUUGCACUCCCUGAAUAUCUAUAGCUCUCUUAAAGAGUUUGUUGAUUAGGGCUAUAUGCAGGGGACAAAAACAGCUAUUUUUUUCA